AUGGCCCGCCGGUGGCAUCUGUGGCUGGCGGCCGCGGUGCUGGCGGCCGCCGGCGCGACCGCGGUCCGGGCCGACGCUUGCCCGGAAGCGUGCCAGUGCAAGUGGAAGGGUGGCAAGCAGAGCGUCGAGUGCCGCGACAAGUCACUGAUAACGGUGCCAACGGGCAUUGACGCGGCCACGCAGGUGCUGGACGUGUCUGGUAACAACCUGCAAAUACUUCCGGGAAGCGCGUUCGCCCGGCUCGGGCUGCUCAACCUGCAACGAGUGUACAUGUCCCGGUGCCGGAUCGGGCAGAUCGACGGCCGGGCGCUCCGGGACCUAACCAACGCGGUGGAGAUCGACCUGUCCCGGAACAUGCUGACCGCGGUACCCACGGCCACGUUGGCCGACGUGCCACUGCUCCGGGACCUGUCGCUGGCCGGCAACCCCAUACAGCGCGUAGGGCCGGAAGCGUUCCGGCAGUGUACCGGCCUUGUCCGGUUGGACCUGUCCGGGUGUGAGCUGCAUGAGAUCGCGGCCAGCGCGUUCGUGGGCAUCGACAGGCUGGAGACGCUCAAGUUGAACGACAACCGGCUGACUGAGCUGAUGGCCGGCACGGUGGCUACGCUGCACAAGGUGCAUGGCGUCGAGCUGCAUGAGAACCCGUGGCACUGCGACUGCCGCAUGCGGCCAGUCAAGGUGUGGCUAACCGACAACAACGUGCCGACGGCCGUCGACCCGGCGUGCGCAAGCGGCCCGGGCCGCGUGGCCAACCGCACGUUCUCCGCACUGACCGCCGAUGACUUUGCGUGCCAACCCGACAUCCUGCAGCAGGACGACCAAACCGUGCAGGCGGCCACUGGCGACAACGCGUCCGUCUCGUGCCGUGUCCACUCGUCGCCGGCCGCCAAAGUUUCGUGGUACUGGAACGGUCGGCCACUGGCCAACAACACGGCGUUCGGCCCGUUCCAGCGGGUGUUCAUGACCGACGACCGGACGGCCACGGGUGGCGGUACCGGGCAUAGUUCACUGCUGCUCACUAACGUUCAGCCGUCCGACUCUGGACAGUUCCUGUGCGUGGCCGAAAACCGGGCUGGUCGGGCUGAGGCCAACUUUACGCUGGUCGUCACCCGGCUCGGUGGUCUCGCGUUCCUGGCCAACGGUCAGGUAGCCGGCCUCAGCGUGUUCCUGGUGUUCCUCAUCGUCACCAUUCUGUUGGUCAUCGUUUACCUACUGGUGCGGAUCAAGCGGCUGCCACCUUCGUCCACCCGGUCCGACGGCAAGCCGCACCAUCUGGUCACCACUGCGGCGUCGGCGACCAGCAACGGUACGGCCACCGUAGUUGUGCAGGUCAAGCAGCCCGCGUCCGGCCAGGCCACCUCUCCAGCUACCACAACGGUCGUUUCGUCGGUGGCUGUGGCGGUCGGCGGACCGUACGGUGGACUCGACGCCGGGUUCGACCAAGCACCGGCCGCGGAGACCGUGGUCGGAGGGGUCAGAAGACCAGCGAAGCUCACCGAACUGUCGUUCGCCACCGACCACUACGAUACCGGUGGUUUUGGCCACGGCGGCGUGCUGGACGCCGGCCGGACAGUGCUGUACCGGAGCCAACCCUCCAACCCUGACCUGAUAGUGGACGCUCCCGAACAGCAUUCGCCUCAGUCUCAGCCGCUGGGCGCCGUACACUCUCAGCACCAUCAGCAGGCCAGGAGGUCAGCGAGCGGCGAGUACAGGAGGACGGCUGACGAUUCGCUCUACUCGCCCGGUUUUUGGACGCCGUCUGACGCGGCGGCCAACGACCGGACGCCGAUCAUCGAGAAGUCGCCGCCGCUGCCCGCUCAGUCGGUGGCGGCCGUCUGCAGCGUCAGGGAAACGGUGAUGGUGGCCGCGGCGCCGGACCCGAAGGCGGCCAGUCUCAGGGUGUGGAAACACGGGGUGCAGGUGAUGCCGCCUCUGAGCGCGCUCAAGCGGGCCCUGAACAAGGGGUCGCCGGACGAAGGAUACCAGGAAGGAUGCGGAACCGACGUUUGA